AUGGCCGCCCCGGCCUGCCUGUCCAUUCUGAAUCGCGUCGCCGACUCGUACAUUCGACGUGGUGUAGUGGACGGCUUCGGCUAUGGAGAAGCCACUCUGUACAGCGGCCUGGAGGCUGUCCUGGCCGUCAACUACAAAGACACCAUUUACGACUGGUACAAGAACAAGAUCGACAAUGGUGUCAUCACGGAUGGCGGCGAGAUUCGCGACUGGAACCUGACCUUUUACUCCCUCGACGAGUAUCGCAUCGGCGUCAACCUCCUGUACUGGUACGACCAGACGGGCGACGAGAAGUACAAGACAGCAGCGGACACCAUCCGCCACCAGAUAGACCGUCAUCCGAGGAACGAGUUGGGCGGGCUGUGGCAUCGAGCGCCCAUCUACAAGAAUCAGCAGUGGCUGGAUGGGAUCUUCAUGGCCGACACCUUUUACGCCCUCUGGACGCAUACCUUUGAGCCCGACAACACGACUGCCUGGGACGACAUCGUCUUGCAGUUCGACUUGAUCGAGGAAAAGACCCGAAACCACACGACAAACCUCCUCGUCCACGGCUAUGACAGCGGCAAGGAAGCCAUCUGGGCAGACCCAGUGACGGGUGCCUCUCCCCUGGUUUGGGGCCGCGCCGUUGGAUGGUACUACAUGGCCCUCGCCGAAGUGAUCCAGCUGUUCCCCGAGUCUCACGAGGGCCACGCGCGUCUCGUAGAGUACUUUGUGACCCUGUCGCAGGGUCUGAAGCGAGCGGCCGAGGUCGAUGGCGGCUGGUGGCUCGUGAUGAGCGAGCCGUAUCCCGGGAAACCACGCAACUACAUUGAGAGCAGUGCGCAUGCCAUGUUCUCGUUUGGUCUCCUGCACGGCCUGCGCAAGGGGCUUCUCCAGGAAGAUGAGUAUGGCGUCGUGGCGGAGAAGUCGUACCGUGAUUUGGUGGGGAUGUUUGUCGAGCCCAACGACGACGGCACCCUCGACUUCAUCGAAACAGUCCAGGUCGGAUCCUUGAACAGCAACGCCACGUUUGAGUACUACACCGGGGUUCCCAGAGUCAUCAACGAUGAUCGUGGUGGUGGUGCUCUCCUGCUCGCGGCCUCAGAGUGGGAGCUUCGGAUCCGUUAA